AUGGAUGGUUGCGCCUUGCGAAUAACGAGAAGCGGAGCUCAGGAUGCACCAGUGCCACUUAACAUGAUCAAGCUGACACUGUACGUUGAAGCCGCUCAUUGCAUGGCCGGCAUCGAUGAGAUGGAGCAGUUCGUCAACUGGGACAAGGCUAUCGACGCCUUUCAGCAACCCCAGGAUGGCAAUGCUCUGGCUGGUCUGACAGGCGAUGACAACGAGAACAUUGACCUUGUUCUCGCAAAUGUCAGCGAGGAUGAAUUCAGUUUCUGCGCCCUUCAGCACUUCUCGGACAACAACUUCCCUCUGCCAGACAUGCCCACUCAAUCAAUGGACUUCAUGGCGACUGCUGAUGACAUUUCCAAUCAGUUCCAGUGGGAUACACCUCCAUCUCCAUGUAUCAACUGCUCCAUGGCUGGUUUCUCUUGCAAAAAGAUCCGAGAGGGUAUGUACAAGGAUUAUUGUACCACCUGCGUGGCCUUGAAGGUCGACUGCAGUUUCGCCGUUGCACCAAAGUCCAUCAACCCUUCAGCGGCGUCCUUCAACAUCGACCCUUUCUUAUCGUCGGGGCCUGAGAUACCAAGCACACUGCAAGAGGAUGCCCAAGAUGACUCUUGUCAAUCCUCCCGCAAUGCUUCUCGCAACGCCUCUGUUUCUGAUGUAGCCAACAUGGGAGAGACGUUCAGCAACAAGGGAGCAGCUCCCCCUAAAAUCGGAGCACGGUUUUCCCGGGAGUCUGUCCGCAUUCUCAAGAAUUGGCUAUCGACACAUAACCGUCACCCCUAUCCAAGCGACGAGGAGAAAGAGAUGUUGCAGCGACAAACCGGCCUGAACAAGGUACAGAUCACUAACUGGCUUGCGAAUGCACGCCGACGAGGCAAGGUUCAGCCCCCUCGUUCGACAUCACCCCACUACACCAGCUCAUGGUCAGGCCCAAUGGAUAUUCCUCAACGCCGAGGAACACCAGCUCUUGAAGCCAUGAAUCCACUGCAGCGUUGGGAGCACUCUCCUCCUGAGAACGAACCUGCUUCCGUCAGCGCCAUUGCUCGGGCCGUUACAGCAUCGUCUUCCGGUUUGUCAUCUGGAAUAGACAGCCCCUUCAGCUUAAGCUACGCGGACGAUGGCUCGAGUAAAUCAAUAUGCAACCAGUCAUCGAUCAGCAGCUUGGGAACAUCCCACUCUAGCAAUGGUUCUCUUGGAUCGGCCUAUUCACACGGAUCUCGUAACUCAUGGGGAUCAUUUAGCUCAGCUCCGUUCAACAGCCAUGGCCGUCGACGUCGUCGCCGAAGGACUUCAGCAAAAACAGGAAAAGACAAGACAAGCCUCAUGACCCCUCUCAAGACUUUCCAAUGUACAUUCUGUACGGAGACGUUUAGAACCAAGCAUGACUGGCAGAGGCAUGAAAAGUCAUUGCACUUAUCCCUCGAGCGGUGGGUGUGCACUCCCCAUAGCCCAAAGGCCGUCAACCCCGAUACUGGUAUCUUGUCCUGCGUCUUCUGUGGUGACGCCAACCCAGACGAUGCCCAUAUCGAAAGCCACAACCAUUCAGCCUGUCAAGAGCGUACCCCUGCCGAACGGACAUUUUACCGGAAAGAUCACCUUAACCAGCACUUGCGUUUGGUUCAUAACAUCAAGUUUCAGGACUGGUCUAUGAAGUCGUGGAAGGUGGCUACGCCAGAGAUUCGGUCCCGGUGCGGUUUCUGUGGUAUCGUGAUGGAUACAUGGACUAUUCGUGUCGACCAUUUGGCGGAGCAUUUCAAGACGGGUUAUUCCAUGGCUGACUGGAAGGGUGACUGGGGUUUUGAUAAUCCAGUACUCGAAAUGGUCGAGAACUCUAUGCCUCCAUAUCUUAUUCACUAUGAACGCACAUCCCCGUUACCAUACGUAGCCAAUCACUCCCCACCAGAAUCACCUCGCAAUGCCUAUGAGUUGAUUAAGCUGGAAAUGGCUUUCUUCACACGGAACUACCAGGACCAACACGGACGACUACCCAACGACGAAGAGAUGAUGGUUGAAGGCUGUCGUAUUAUUUACGCCAGCGAAUUGCUGUCGUUACAAGGCAUUGCAACGCGCCCAUCCUGGCUUCGUGAUAUCAUCAUGAGCUCCGAAACCCUGCAACAAAAGGCAAGAUUCGGUCCCUUGCGUGGCGCUGCGGAAAACAGGCUGGCAUCACUUAAAAUUAACGGCAAGGACAAUUUGUUCGAGGAGUGCCCCAUGGAGGUACAGCUGCAUGAGUUUGUUAAGGCCAAGAGACUACUGGGCUUAACAGCAAUGGACGAUGAACUCCAGGAUGAGGCUUGUCGCAUUGUUGGACGAGUAGAGGAAGUAUCGACACAUCCAUCGGAAGCCAUUGCCAACUGGCUGAUCCGACUCGCGACAUCGUCUACUAACUGGCUUGCCGCUUUCCGUCGACGUGCACACUUACCACGAAGCGAAGACGUGGUGGACCACAUUUGUCGAUCAAAGGACCCUUCAUCGAUUGACUCGACUAUCCACAGUUACUCACGUCUCGAGCGUGAACUAAAGGACUAUCUUAUUCUACAACGUUCCAUGGGAAUUGAACCCACGGACGACGACCUUCAGCGACAAGCUCGUAUCAUUAUUUAUGAAUUCGAUGACGGUUGGAACCAAACCGCCGCCGAUAAUGCCUCUUGGCUGGAGGGUUUCAAGAACCGCCACCCCGCAGCAAGCGACAGCUCACCUGCCUUUUCUCUCCAGGAUAGCACCAAGUCAACAGUCAGUGGAACCGUUGUUACCGAUGCCACGACCUUGUUCAGCAGCGAAUGCCCCGUACUUAUGGGAUGUGACGACAUGUUCGAUAUGGGCAGUGGUAACAACUGCCCUGGACCUUACUUCCUCAAUGAUGCCAACUGUUACAGGCGAUUGGCCAAAGAGUUGAAACGAUGGGUUGCUGGUACAAUGUCGGUCAAUAAUCCCAAUCGCCAUGUGCCGAGUGAUAAAGAACUCCAGCAUCAGGCCCGUUGGAUUCUUUACGACGAUGAUGAUCCUUGGAACCAGACUGCGGCAGAUAAUGCCGAAUGGCUACAGAGAUUCAAGCGUGAUGCUGGUAUUCUCAAGACAGAUGGCCCUGGCCUCCCAAUGAGCGAUGGCUGGGCACUCGAGUCAGGUGGUUCUGGAUUUGCGCCACCGUAUGCCUGCCCGAAGGCAUCACUCGAUCCUUUCCCCGCGGAUGCCCAGGUGUCCAUGGGUCAAGGCGCCAAGUCCCUCCCAGCAGCUAUUGCAAACAGCUAUCUCGAGAAGCUCACGUCGCAGGCGGCGCGACCGGCCGAAAUUUUCUGCUCUCGCGAAUUGGAGCGUGGUCUCGUCAGCUAUGUUGAAGACCAUGUCGCCUGCAAAGGUACCAUGCCUUCGGAUGCCAUGUUGCAAACUCGAGCUCGACGUAUUCUUGACUCCAGUACCACCCCUGCGGACGAUGUCGACUUGCUGAACAAGUUCAAGGACAUGGUGGCCAAGAAGGUCUCUCAAGUUGAGACUGUACCUGCCAUGCCCAGCAACGUUGACAUCAACCUUUCGGAUGAGGAUGUCAACAAUAUUUUGCAAGACAUGGAUUUUGAAUUUGACGCUCAAGACUUUGGGGGCGUUACUAUGGAAGGGCUGCAAGACACCGGGGGCGUGAGCCUGGAUUUGAUGGGAUUCAAAAACUAG